AUGGGUAUUUCUCGUGAUUCUCGUCACAAAAGAUCGGCCACCGGUGCCAAGCGUGCUCAAUUCAGAAAGAAGAGAAAGUUUGAAUUAGGUCGUCAACCAGCUAACACCAAGAUUGGUGCUAAGAGAAUUCACACUGUCAGAACCAGAGGUGGUAACAAGAAGUUCAGAGCUCUAAGAAUUGAAACCGGUAACUUCUCCUGGGCUUCCGAAGGUAUGUCCAAGAAGACCAGAAUUGCUGGUGUUGCUUACCAUCCAUCUAACAACGAACUGGUCAGAACUAACACUCUAACCAAGGCCGCUGUUGUUCAAAUCGAUGCUACUCCAUUCAAGCAAUGGUACCAAGCUCACUACGGUCUAUCUCUAGGUAAGAAGAAGAACACUAAGGAAGAAGAAGUUGUUGCUAAGUCCAAGAGUACUGAAAAGAAAUGGGCUUCCAGAGCUGCUUCUGCCAAGGUUGAACAAGCUGUUGAAUCUCAAUUCACUGCUGGUAGACUAUAUGCCGUUAUCUCUUCCAGACCAGGUCAAUCUGGUAGAUGUGAUGGUUACAUUCUAGAAGGUGAAGAACUAGCUUUCUACCUAAGAAGAAUGACCGCCAAGAAAUAA